AGAACAUCCGAUUCAGGUUUCCCCGCCUUGCUGCUUCGUCAAUUCACCACAUCCCCAUUUUUCUGUUCACCUGCUGUGUUUUUAUUUGCGUGUUCUCCGCGAGAAUUGAUCCUCCACACACACAAGAAAUCAAACAACCAAACACGCGACGCCGUUUCAUCUUUCUCUGCCGCUGAGAUGUCCCACGCCGCCUCCCUUCUGUCCUCGCCGCACUCUCCGUACGAACGCGCGCCUUCUCCCUUUUCCUUCGUGCAGACGGUGGAGACCUCACCCGUGGAGGAGGCGAGGGCACCGAGUACGUUCCUCUCCGCUCCCCCGCCUGAGCCGCCUUUCUCCGCUCGCGGCGGCGCGGCGGAGGUGGACCCGCUGGAUGUGCGCCUCAUUCCUGUCGCCUUCACUGCCACCUACUGGUGUGGGUUGGCGGUGUUGUACGCCUUUGGCGGCUACGUCAUCGCGAUGUCACCGACGUGGCGUGGCCCCGUCAUCAUCUGGGCAGCGCUGAUCCUCUUCGUUGUCUUCUCGCUCUGGCGUCACCUGCCUGCCGAGAAGCAGCGCGUGCAGAAGCUCGCCGACGAGAUUGUGUCGCAGCGGUGCGGUGGCUAUUACGCCCUCGCAGAGAAGCGAGCGCUGCCGGCGGAGACGGAGAUGACGGAGUUGUCGACGCUGCGCCACCCGAGGCCGCGUUCUGCUCCUACCCCCGUUUAUGCGGCCGUUGCGUAG